AUGCCCGAGGCAUUCGAGCGCCUCCAUGGCGACCUGAUUCUCGAGUUAACCAAGUACUUGACAGCUGGCGAUAUGCUCGCAUGUCGUCUAGUAUCCAAGGCGACGAGGCAUUGUUUCGGCCUGUCUUUUGACCGUCUAUUCACCAACUGCACGCUCGAUUUGACACCAUCGGGCCUGAGAAGAAUGCGCGGGAUCUUGGACAUCCCGGGAGUGGCCCACUCCAUCCGCAGUCUGAGAGUCAACGCCAUCCACUACCAUGACUGGCCUUCGCCAGUUCCUCGCCGGUACCCCCGCAAAAAGAUACCUGCCCGUACGAUCUACGAAAAUUACACCACUUGGCAGAGAGAGGCAUGUACACCGGCGCAGGGAUCUUGGCUCUCAGACAGGUUGACAGAACAAGUUGCCAGCGCGGCAGGCUCGGGUGUUGCGAUGCGGGAUACACUUGCUGAUAUCUUACAGACCCUUCUAAUGGGCUUGCAGACGCUCUCGCUAGAAGCUGUGGUUGUCCUUCAUAAGAUGAGCCGUGUUUCACCCCUGAAAUGCAGUAUGUUGAAUUUAGGUUCUUUUUGGUCUCGGGCGAUCCAAGCAUAUCAAAUUAUGAUGUCUGCCCUGGCGCGCUCACAAAUCUGCCACCUCGAGGAGCUUAUCAUCUUCGAAGACACGCAAAUGUGCAGUAUUCCGAGCAACGAGUUGGGUUUGCCACUUGACUGGGACCAAACGGCCAAGCUGAGAAUCAUUUGCAGCAGAUUGAAGCGUUUCUCGGUCAGCAUCACCACGCCCUUUCUUCCACGAAGGCCAAAGCUUAUACUUCCUCGAACUCGCAGCUUCUACGAACCUGUGGAUGUCUUGCCUCAUCCUGUUGAUGUUUGUUAUGAUGACAACAUUUCCGAACGGUUGAAGACACUGUGCUGGAAAGAUCACCCUGGUUGCAACAGAUUUAUUCAGUUUUUCCAAUUGAUAAGGAACGUGGAAUCUCUACGUAUACACUUCUAUAGGCCCGGCAGUUUUCGCCGGGAGCCAAGAGACUUUAACGAGGUUGCUCAAGUGGUAGAGGGACUAGGACACGUGCUAUCGGCAUCGUUUAAAGGCCAUAAGGUGUUAAAGAAUCCCACGCUGCCACCUUUAAGACUGCUCGUAUUAGCGGGUAUUCAAGCUGUCAAGAAUGACCUGGAAGCUUUUCUGCUUGAGCUGCCGCAGUUACGCAGCCUUGAGCUUAAGCAUGUUCGACUCUCGACCUCCUUAUCGACUCAGCGGAUUGUGAAGUCUGGAGACUAUAACUGUCGGGAAUGGACGGAGUUGAUUCAAGGCACUUUGGUUGACAGGAUGCCACGUCUGGAGAGACUAUGCUUGUCAGACUUGGAGCUGGAAUCGAGCUACGUUGACUUUGUUCACGGAAACGGGAGGCUGUGUUGCCUACGAAUCCUUUGGGAUGAGAUAUCCAAGACCGGCCAUGACAACAACAAACAAACGACGAUGCCGGGUUUUAAUGCGCCACAGUGCCUCUACCGCGAUUGCAUUCGCCUGUCAAGCACGCAGGUUCUCAGCAGCCACCCGCCACUCUCGUAUCAGGUUUCCUUCGCUGUGGACAUUGGAAUGUCGCACCUGAGAAACCCGGUGGGCUCUCAGAGGCUGCGUCUGCGCGCUUUCAUUCCCUUCGUUAAUUACAGUACUCGUGAGGCGGUUAAAUAUUUUGAGUAUUUAGCCCCCUUAAGAAGUGAGUAUGGACCGCCACCCAUCUCGCAGGCCUCGUAUUUCAUUCGAGAUAAAGAACUUGGCACUUACUCUCGGUUUGAGCCACGCCGUGACCCGGAUGCGUUCCUCGGCACUGACGCACUGCUAGAGCUAUGGGAUGAUGAAGACUUGUGCUACUACGGGCAAGAUUCUCUGUGA